AAUGAGUUUAUGGUGUAAUAUAAUAUUUUAAGUGUUAAAAAUUAUAUAUUUUAAAUAUUAAUCUUUAGUUUUUGAUUGUUUUCAUAUUGUAGCAAAGUUUAAUUGCUUUUUGCCCAUUAAAUUCAAGAGGGUUGUGGCUGUUUUGGGCUUUGAAUGAUUCACUCAUUAGGUGAGAGUCACCCAAUUGAUUCAAUCUUCAACCAAAGAUCGAGUUAUAGCCACAUAAUUAAAGAGUGCUAAUCAAACUUGGUCAAAAGAAGUCCAUUGAACAGGCGAGGCAUGAGUUAUAUCUAUGUAUAUUUUACUUGUGAACUUGCCGACCAUUUCUUUCCUAAUUUUCGGCUUCUUGCUAAAUAUUUAAUUGGCCAUGGAAGGCCCAGUAACUUUUUCAGGGAACAGCGUUUUUUUUUAUCCUCUUUUGUUUAAGUAGUUUGCAGCCAGCAGGUAUUGACCAAACAUUGUAAUUUGUUCUAUUAUUCAACAUUAAUUUUCAUUUUGUUUCCCUCCAUUGCGUUUGAGCUCUGCAACACUUACCUCUCGGCUCACCUGCUAUAGAGUCUAAGUGAGGCUGCUUGCUUCUCCAUUUAUCCCUCAAAUGCUACCUAACACUAAACCCUGUCGCCAAUUCCUCAAGUGAAACAAGACAUAGAAGUCAGAUGACCUCUCAUCCAGAGUCGAUGGCGUGGCCGUUCGGUGGAGCUGAACCCAUCCAAUUAUUCGUCAAAAUGAUGAAUUCGCAAGCUCCACCCAUGGAAAUCAACGUGGAUGCUAAUGAUAUUAUAAAGAUUAUCCACGAGAAAAUUCUAGUGACCUGGAAAAUUCCAGUUACUGAACAGAAGUUAUUUUAUGGGACAAAGCAGCUACAAUACUGGGACACGCUUAAACAGUGCUCAAUUCAAAACAAAGCCUGCCUUGAGUUGACGGUUCGAUGGGAUGACAUGGACGGCACGUCGGCACUUCUCCAUAUGGUUCACCAAAUGAGUUCAAGCAUUUGUCGCAUGUGCCAAGGUGAAUCUGAUUCCAAAUACGAAGACUGCUGUAGUAUCAUUAGCCAAGCGUUGGAUUGCAUGACUGAAGAGAAUUCGGAGAUUCUCUCUUUGUGUUCUGUCCCUGCGACUUUGGUUAUGCUUUAUAGCUCACCAAUUGAAGGUAACAAAUUCGAUGGUAAUAAUUUGAUAAGGCUUUCCAUGGAUCUCAUAUUGAUGACCGAGAAUCAGCUUUCUCAUGAUGAAAUAGCUUCUUUAGGAUUAGAAUUUUGUAAUUUGCUCAGGGAAGUAUCUUCUGAAGAUCCUCUGUAUAAUUCAUGCCGGACUAUGCUAGCGGAGUAUUUAGAAGAUAAAUAUGAGAUCUAUUACGGUUGUUAUCUAAGGACAGUGAUCCAAAUUCUACUCUUUGCUGUCAAGUUAUCACAAGACUUGUCCAAUGGAUUGGCUAAUCUCUUCUAUCGAAGCGAACACAUUGAGCCACUGAGAAUUCAAGUUCGUGAUUUGGGGAAAUUUUUAUGCGUAUUGCGUAAAGCAAUCAAUGUUCUGAUAAAUGAGGAUGAGGAUGAGGAUGAUGAGCAGAAUAGGAUGGUCAAAUUUAUAGUUGAUGUGAUUAAAGAUCUUUUUCAUCUUCACUUGGAAGAUAUGGAGCAGAAUCUUACUCGCCUUGCGCAUAUGAAACCAAUAUUUGAAAAUUUUGACACGGGGCGUCCUGUUUCCCUUCUGUAUUUGGCCAUUCUGAAUGAAUUGAAUGGCAUGUCUACACUUGUGGAGGGUGCUGUGGAUGAAUUCAAGCGUUUAUUAGAAGGCCAGAAGAAUUCACUACAAAUAAUGGUUAAAAACAUUAUGCGGAGUGAUGACUAUGAUUGGCUCCUUGAGCACAUUGAUGUGCUUGAUUCUGAAUCCAGGAUGCAUUUAAUAAUGAUGACGAUGUUCCCUGUGAAAAAGUUACACAAUGCAGGGCUCCUCAACACUCUCUUCUGCUGGUCUGAAAAGGUGGACAAAAAGCUGUUCAAUGCAUUCAAAGGCAAGGAUCUUACAGAUCCUAAAGUGCUACAUCAUUGGUUAUGCAAGGUAUGCCAAGUUUUAUUCGAACCAAAAAAUCUCCUUUUCCGAGCAUGUCGAGAUAAUCCUCCGGAGUUCUAUCCUAAUCCUGAAUUGGAGCCAGAACCCUUUCAUCUUGACUGUAUCAGCUUUGCUGGUAAAGUUAUUGCACUAGCACUGAUGCAUGAAAUGCAAGUAGGUGUUGCCUUGGACCGUGUGUUUCUUAUGCAAUUGGCUGGAAAGAAUAUUUCGUUGGAAGAUGUAAAGGAUGCAGAUCCAUGCUUCUACAAUAGGUGCAAGGAGUUGAUAAAUAAGGAUGACUUGUCAGCUUUGGAAUCUCCUAAAGUUAGUGAAUCUCUACUUUGGCAUUGCUUUGUCCGCUCAAUCUCAAAACAGGUGUCCUUUUUCAGUGAAGGCUUUGAGAUGAUUUUUAAAACGUCAAUAAGCCAGCUGCUUGAAGAUUUUGAAGGACUAGAGCUUGAAGAUAUUAACAACGUGCUAAAAGGAAAGGUAAAUGCUGGGUCUAAUUUUGAUAAGAAGAGAAAAUAUCUGAAACAUGAAUGCAAUGAAAGUGAUCCUCUGAUGUCCCAGUUGCAAAAGAUUAGAAAACGGAGAAUUAAUAUUACGGAUUGGCAAUGGGGUGCUUUCCUAGGCAGUGGGUCAUUUGGACGAGUGUAUGAAGGUUAUGCUGCUGAUGGUUUCUUUUUUGCAGUAAAGGUAGCUCCAUUAUUAGAAGGAAAAAAGGUUGACCAAAUUGAGCAAGAGAUUGCUUUGCUACGUCAGUUCAGUCAUCCAAAUGUAGUGAAAUAUUUUGGCACGCAUAAGGAUGAAAUGAAUCUCUAUAUUUUUCUUGAGCUUGUACGAGCAGGUUCCCUUGAAAAACUUUAUCACAAGUUUCAACUUCAAAAUUCUCAAGUGUCUCUGUACACCAAGCAAAUACUGAAAGGUUUAAAGUACCUUCAUGAUCGAAAUGUAGUCCACAGAGACAUUAAAUGUGCAAACAUUUUAAUUGAUGAGAAAGGAUGUGUGAAAAUUGCAGAUUUUGGAUUGUCAAAGGUGACCAACUUAAAAACUCUCAUGAAGUCUUGCUGGUGGAAUCCUCGUUGGAUGCCUCCUGAGGUUGUCAAUGGGAAGGGAGGAGGGUAUGGAUUUAAAGCUGAUAUAUGGAGCGUUGGCUGCACAGUGCUAGAAAUGUCCACCCGCCAAAUUCCUUACUCUCAUUUGGAACCUGGAGCUGUAGAUUACAGCAUUGGAGAGGGUAACCUACCACCUCUUCCUGAUUCUCUCACAGAGCAUUCACGAGAUUUCAUCCUGCAAUGCUUGCAAGUUAAUCCAGAUGAUCGUCCGACUGCUGCUAAGCUUUUAGAGCAUCCAUUUGUAAAGGGGCGCCGCUCUUAGCAUGUUUGCAUCUCAAUAAAUUGUGCUUCUGCGUUUCUUGUCCAUCACAAACGUUGUGAAUUUCCUUCCAUUCAGUUAGAGAUGGAUGAAUUGGGCAAGCAAAUACAAUUGGCAAAGAGAUAUUUGAUGGAGAUGUAGCAGAGACAUAAGGCUUUAUUGAAGGAAACAGAUUGGGUUUUCUGCUCUAAAAGCUAAGAGCUAUUGCUUUGAGAUGGAUGAAUGACACAUGUUCUGUUGUUUUAUCUUCUUUUUUUUUUUUUUUUUCUCUCAUGUUCCAUGCAUUUGGUUUUUGUCACCUCCUGAAAUUGUGUUAGUGU